GGGGAUUCAUCGAACAUCAGCGGGUUCCAGAAUGGAAGGUGACACAACUCUAAAGGUUCUCGUUAGUCCCGACAGCCGCUCCCUUUCUGAUGGCGGAUGAAUGCAGGAAAGAUCUGCUGCUGCGUAACAAUAGCGUGGGCUGACGCUGAGGAGAAUCGGCACUGCAGCCCCCACGCAGAACGCUGCACGGUGGUUGCAGGAGAGGGAGAGAAGUUUAGGCGGAGAUCUGGACAUGCGCAGAAGAAAGUGGUAGAAAAAAAACGCUCACUAAAGAGGCUACAGCAAAGUAGAGCGUCAAAUUUGGGCCACAAAUUCACUCACACGUCCAAGACGGUACAACCAAACGAAACUUAUUUUUGUUCGUCUGAGAAUCUUUUCUUCACCUAAUCACAUUAUUGUCCUGCGAAGCAACAAAGAAACGUAUAUUUGCUUCACAAGCCUAGAUUCUCGCCUAUUUACGAAAAGCAAAACAGAACGAUUCCCCGCUAGCCCGCCAACCCACGUUGCAUCCCUUUCGAGCGUUACAU